AUGGGGGUGUGCUCAUCAAAAAAAAACAACUAUCCACUUCAGAGAAGCUAACCUUAAAGAAAUAUUGAAAUCGACUUUGUCAAAUUGUUAGAGUAUAAUCGUAAAAAGGAGGCUAAGGAUAAUAAGAACAAUCAACAACAACAGUCAUUCUGUUAGAUUUUCUUACAAGAAAACAAAGCUUCUAAUCCUCAAACCUUUACCCAAAACUUAGCUCCAACAGCAUAGUUAGACUAUAAGAAAAUAUGA